UGCAGGAUGUCCUCGGUCUGUCCUCUGCUGCCUAUUUCACUCCGACAACAAGACUGACAACAAAGAAUGCAGGCCCCCACGGCCAAACGAGACGAGGCACAAGGGCGUUGGACAAGGGCGGCGUGUGUUGCUUGUGCGUACGCGCGCGCCACGUGGCAGACAAGGGCAGUCUUGUUUUUCCUUGUCUUUAUUUCAGACAGACGGGCCGAUUUCUUCUCGUCCGCUCGUCGCUCGCACGCCCUCACCCGCACGCACGCCCUUGCCCUCGCCCGCUGCAGAUUGAGAGAGAGAGAGAGAAGAGAGAAAAGCGGGCACGAGGAUGGCGUCGUUAAAGGGAGGCGAGCAGGCGGCGUCGUCGUCGUCGCUGCUGCCAGCAAGGAAGCAGCAGCACACCAUGGACACGCUUCGCCCGUUGCUCAAGACGCUCACGCUCUCCUGCACCAUCCCGCCCUCGCCGCCGUCGUCUUCGUCUGCGUCUUCAUCAAAGUCGCCCUCGGAUGCGUCCGCUGCUGCUACCACAUCGGCGCCGUCUACGGGCAUGCGACCACCAGGCCCAGGCCUGACGACGGACGAGCUGCGGGACCUGUUUGUGCACCUGGCCGACGCCGACUUUACGUCGAACCACAUGCACCACGCCCAGCUGGGUGCUGCGCUGACGAGCCUCCGGCUGAGCGGGCUCGACAUGAGCCCCGCAGCGCUGUCCGUUGCCAGUGCUGUCUUUCUGCAAAAGGCGGUGCCCGUCGAGGUGCCGCCGCUGGUCAGCAUGGCUACCGCUGACGAUGGGCAUGGUGAGGGCGAGGACGACGGCGAAGACGAGGAGCACUACGACGGCGCACUCGACCUCGUCGGCACGGGUGGCGACGGCCACGAUACGUUCAACGUCAGCACGACGGCGGCCAUCGUCGCAGCGGGGGUGCCGGGGGUGCGGGUGUGCAAGCACGGUGCGCGCGCCUCGUCGUCGACGUCGGGCUCGGCCGACCUGCUUGCCGCCCUGGGCGUGCCCCUGGCGAGCCUGACGCCGGCCACGCUGCCGGGCCUGCUGGCCCACGCGCCCUUUUGCUUCCUCUUUGCCCAGCUCUACCACCCCUCGCUGGCCCCGCUGGCGCCGAUCCGCCGCUCGCUCGGCUUCCCCACCAUCUUCAACGUCCUCGGCCCGCUCAUCAACCCGGCCCGGCCCCGGCGCAGCGUCAUUGGCGUCCACUCGCCCCGCCUCGGCGCCACGUUUGCCGAGGCCCUGCGCCAGAUGGACGUCGAGCGCGCCUGGGUCGUCUGUGGCCGCGAGGGCCUCGACGAGAUCAGCCCCGAGGGCCCGACCGAUGUCUGGGAGCUGCGCAGGGGCACAAUCACCAGCUUCGCCGUCGAGCCGGCCUCGUUUGGCCUCGCCGCCCACCGCCUCGACCACGUGCGCAGCGGCACGGCGGGCCAGAAUGCCGCCGUGGCGCGCCUGCUCCUCACGAGCGACGAGGGCGCACUUGCCGCACUGGGAGACGCGCCCACGCAGGCACCCAUCGCCGUCGCAGGCAUGCCCGAGUCUAUUCCUGCCGGCACGCAUCUCGCUGCGAUCCGCGACUACGUCCUCAUCCAGGCCGCCGCGCUCCUCUACGUCGGCGGCAAGGCAAAGACGCUGCCUGCCGCCACGGCUCGAGCACGCAGGAGCAUGGAGGCAGGCGCCGCAGCGCGCUCACUCGACGUCCUCAUCAGCGAGGCACACCGCGUCCAGCGCGAGGCAGAGGCCCGCGACGUCGAGCGACAGCAGCAGCAGCAGCAGGUGCGGCUCCAGCGCGAGGAGCUCGAGCGCACAAAGCGCAGAGACGAGUUCUUCUACAGCCCCGAGCCGACAAAGGACGCCAACGUGGGCACGACGGACUGAGCAGGCCAGUUGCUUCUUCCUCUCUUCGCCCACGAAUCCCAAAAAC